AUGCUUAAUAAUUCUUUAAUUUCUCAUCAAUUUCAAAAUUCAUCACCAGAAUAUCCUUUACCUAUUGCUAAUCCUUUUUAACCUAUAUCUGCAAGAUAAAAAAUCCAUGUCUCCAAUUUACCAUUAAAUAUUACAAAUCAAUAAUUGUAAUAAGCCUUUUAAAUUUAUGGAAAUAUUAUUGAUAUUAGAAUCAUUAGAAAAACUCCUACAGGUAUAGGAAUUAAUUCACAAAAGGAUUACCUUUACAUAUUUCAUGUUAUGCUUUUAUUGCUUUUGCUGAUAAUGAUUCAGCUGAUAAGGCAAUCUAAGAUGGUUUAAUAGGAGAUUGGACUGUGAAACCUUAGAUUGAUAAACAAACUAUUACUAAAUGUAAAUCUCGUUCUAGAUCCAGAUCUUAAGAGAAAAACAGAUAAGUACUUACUAAUGGACUUAUUACUCCUUUGGAGCAGUCUCCAAAGAUAUAAACCCCACUUUUCGUUAGAGAAUUGUUUGUUAGUGGAAUUUCCAAGAAUUUUGAUGAAUAGAAGAUUCGCUAGGUAAUAGAAUGUGAAAAAUUAUAGAUUUUUUAAUAAUUUGGUCCUAUAGAGAGGAUUGAUCUGUAUCCUAAUAAGCAUAAUAUUUUUAACUGUUAUAUAAAAUUUUUUACUGUAUAUACUUUUUUUUAUUUGAAUUUAGAUAGAUUAAGCUAUUUUUGCUUAUUAAAAAAUGGAUAGUAUUUAAUAAUAAUUUUCUACUUAAAUAAAAAUUUAUUUUUCUGACCCUAUAAAAAGACAUAAUAUAGUAGGAAAUAAGUAAAUUUAAUUAAAUUUUUUAGUUUAUAAAAUGAAUAACAAUCUAAACUUUCAUCAAUAUUAUUUAUAUUUUUUCCUCCUAAUUUAAAUAAAAAAGUUGAUCAUGCAUUUUUGUUUGAAGUAUUUUUAUUAAAAUGAUAAUAAAAGAUAUGUUAAAAUCAUCAAUGUCGACCUCUCUAAUGGAAUUAUGUGUAAUAAGAUAUAAAUUAUAAAUCCUACACUCUUCUAUAAUUUAGAGACACAAAACAAGCAAUUUAGAUACGAAAUUAUCUUUAAUAGCAUUUAGUAGAUCUUUUGGGUGAUUCUAAAUGUGAAGUAGGAAUUAUAUCUUUGCCAACAAUUCCAAUGUAAUAGUAAUAAUAGCAAUAAUAAUAUUAACCAAUUCCAAUGAUUCCAUAAUAACCAUAACCAAAUAAAAUGAUGAUGAUUACUCCUGUUACUUAACCUUAUUAAAAUAGUUAUCAACCACUUUUUAUUCAAUAAUAAGUUAUGUACUAAUAACCACAAUACUCAAUGUCUAAGCAAGAUAGACGAAUGUAACAUUAAUAUCUAAAUCCAUUAUAAUUUAAUACUCCUUAAUAAAUUCAACCUCAAGAACUUGAAUCUAUAAUUAAACCAAUUUCUAAUUAAAAUACUAAUCAAGAAAUUCUUGAUGGAUUUCUAAAUUUAGAUUCAAGUCAAUAAUAAUAACAUCGAUAAGAUUGGGAUACAUUUUGGAGUGGAUUCAUGUUUAGAAGUAAAAGUCAUAAAGUUGCUGUAGAUGCUAAAUCUCAAGAAACUGAUGUACCUCAAUUUCAUAUAUUAAUAGGCACCUAUUGCAAUGACUCCAUAAAUCUAAGUUAAUUAUAAGGGAAACUUUCUUGAUGCUAAAAAAUCAGCUAAUGAAGCUUUUAAAUUCGUUCUUUGUCCUUCAAAUAUAAAUUAGGUAUUGAAACUUAAAACAAUAUUAGAAUAUUGCAUUUUAAGAAUAUAUAGAUUAUUUUUCAGAAAAAAACAAGAUUGGGGUUGCAUAUAUUGGAAACAAUAUGCUUUAUUUACUUCCUCCAAAUGAAAUUACAAAUUCUAUAUUACCUAUUUAAGGAUUGGAAAUUCUUGCAUUGUAUAUUGAAGAUAAGAAAAAAAUUAUCAAUACCAAUUAAGAUCAUGUUUUAUGA